GUUUGCGUCACAGCAGCAUCUAUCUGAAAGCUGCUACUGUUGUUGAUAAAAACAAUAAUAAACAGUUUAAAAUCAAAGCUAAAGAUCCAGCAUGCAGCCCGACACUCUGCUGCACAUGGCCAACUUCAGCACGCUGUUCGUGUGCAUGGUGCUGAAGUUCCCGCAGAUCUUCGUGCUAAUGAGAGCCAAACGUUCAACGGGGAUCAGCCUCAACAGUCUGCUGCUGGAGCUCAUUGGGUUCAUAGUUUUUGUAACGUACCAGAUGUACUACAACUACCCACCCCCAACAUACCUGGAAUAUCCCAUCCUCAUUGCUCAAGAUGUCAUCCUGCUGCUCCUGAUUCUUUACUACAACGGCAGCCUGCGGCAGAGCCCGGUGUACGCCUUGCUGUUGGUCGGAGGCUGGAGGCUCCUCACGGUGGAGAGGUGGAUCAUAGAUCUGGCCAUGAGCCUGUGCACGUUCAUCAGUGCAGCCAGUAAGUUGGCCCAGCUCCAGUGCAUGUGGAGUUCCCAGGAUGCCGGACAGGUUAGCGCCCUCUCCUGGGGCCUGGCUACCUACACGUGUAUGGCGCGGAUUUACACCACCUCGGUGACGACCGGAGACAUGCAGGUUCUGGUGCGGUUUGUGGCAAUGACUCUGCUCAACUUCUGGGUGCUGCUCACUGUGAUCCAUUACCAACGAAGAAGAAGCAGCAGCUCAAAGAAAGAUGACUGAUCUAGUGGUUUCUUCUUCAGCGCUUACUGGGUCUAAGGGUAACGGUUACUACUGUUAAAAAGAAAGUACACUCUAUUUCACUUCUAGUUUUUACCGAUGAGAACUUAAAUGUUCCGAAACUUUUUCUAAACUACUAAAGUAGUUUAAACAUAACCUUGAAUGUAAAACAGAUGCAACUGUUGGUCUUUAAUCUUAACAGCUUACUGUAAAAUAAACAAAACUUAUUUGACUAAAGUUUACUUGCAGGAGAUUGCUGAGUUACUUUGAUUUGAUCGGAGAAUCAACAAACAGUAUCAAACACAUUGUGUUUUAACAGGCAAGCUUUAAGAAAACAACUUAAAUAUAAAAUGCUAAUUCAUUUUAUGUUUGAUUUUUCAGUAACUCAUGAAAGUAUUUGACUCCAAGUGGAAAGUUAUUUAUAUAAAUAAGUAGAAAAUGGGUCUGUGAUGAGAUGAUUCAACCUGCAGCCAUUUCUACAUCUGAGCUCAUUUUUGAAUAAAUUUACGACCUAAUCAAUUACAGAUCUUUUUUUAUUAUUUGUAUAAAGAAUUGAAAGAGGGUGUAUUUUUUUUAUUAUGUUUUACCAAACAUUCCAAUAACAAUGCUUUUCCCAGUAGUUUUAAUACAUUUCUCCUAAAUCUUUUAUUUUUUUUUAUUCCAUUUUUAAACAGUGAGGAUUUUCUGUCAAAGAAUAUGACAGUUUGCAAAUAUCCAAAAUCUUCCAACUCAGGAUAAUAUAUGCUGUUUUUAAUAAAUUUUGUAUGCAAAUUUUUUUCUGUAAUGCCUAAAUAAACCAAAACAUUUGACCUUU